AUGGCGGUCACCAAUUGCAACCUCCCGCGUCUUGUCGUUGCGGUGGUUUGUACAUUCAUUAUACUAGGUCUCAUACUGCAUAGCAAACCAGAGGUUGUCCCAUCGCUGGAGCAAUUACAGGCUAUCGCUCAAGAAUACAGACCCACAUGGAACAUUACAAGCACGUCGAGUACACCCGCGAAGGAGGCGAGUGUGAAAGAUCGCAUACAUGCGCUGUUCGGUCCGAUACGACAUUCGUUGACCGACGACUACAUUGAUGCCUCCGGAAGGACUUUCGGAUUGACUCAAUUACCGAGAUGGAGAGAGCCACUGAAGGGCAAGGUUCUCAUUGUAGACAUUGACACUCGGGAACCAAACAACAAUAAUGAAAUGCUGAACCCUAACCCUAUGAACUGGGAACGACUCGAAAUGGGUGGUGGACAGCUGGUGUCUGGCGCUAUCAUGGGCCAUUAUCUCUAUUCUCAGAUACAUGGCUAUGACUAUCAUUUCUUCCAGGCCCAUCGCAUGGAAGGCUACCAUGACACUUGGAUCCUGCCUGGUGCAAUGCGCAAGAUGAUUGAGACCGAGAGGUACCAAUGGGUCAUUACCAUGGAUGCGGACGUCACGAUCACUCAUCCCGAAGUACCUCUUGAAUGGUUGCUCAAUCACUGGGGCGCAACGAACAACACGUCCAUCCUGAUGCCGAUUGACCAGAAAGUCUUCGACAACGACAUCAUCAACAGUGUUGAUAGCAAAGGCACUACUGUGCUCAAUACGGGCGUUGUCGUUAUUCAGAAUCUACCUUACACGAGAGAGAUAUUGGAUGCAUGGAUUGAAUGUCCUAACGAGGGGCGUUAUCAGGGUUGUGGCCAUUGGAAGGACAAUUGGAGCCAUGAACAGCGUGUAUUCUCCGAAUACAUCCGCUACGAUUUCAAUCCCCAAGGUGACAACAUUAUCGGCAUUCCUUGCGACGACGCGAUGGGCUAUCCGAACAUGAUGAAUGAGUACCAGGGCAUGAUUCUCAAUGACUGUAACGGUCAUUUCUUCAGACACCACACCUUGAACAAGGGCAAGGCGAAGCAGAGCCUAGAUGUUUCUGUCAUGCAACUUCUCACGCAGCUGAUCCAUGAUUCGUUCAUCGCGCACAAAGACUACUUGUGGUACAAGGAGCCAGCGUGA